UGCGGCAAUUAAUCGCGAUUUCAAGUCAAGUGCCAACCGCGAUUUAAGCGAAUACCAAAAACAAAUCAAAGCCCGUCGGAAAAAGGAUUAACCCACGAACAGAAGAUGGCCUGGGGAUACUGGUCGGCCACUGUGGAUCGGGGACGCGCGCCGCGCCGCCUAACGCAGUGCACACCGCUGCCCGUGAACAUAGUGCAGCAGGAGGAGGAGGAGGAGGAGCAGCAGCAGCAGCAGCCGUUGCCGCCAGCGUGCAUGCCCCAGCAGCAGCAGCAGCCGCAUCAGCAUCAGCACCAACAAUCGCAAACCUGCCCCAGCACGCCGUCAGCCAAUCAACAGGGGAGCGGCAACCUCUGCUACAGUCCGUCGUGUCGGUCCCGCUGCUCGAGUCCGUGUCCGGGCUCCCCCUGCGGCUCCAUAACACCGCCGCCACCGCCGAUGCUGACAUCCUCGCAGCAGCAUCUCCACUCGAACAAGAACUGUCCCGCUGCCCAGCACCUGAUGACACACCUGGACUAUGCGGCCAGAAGGCAAUCGUUGGAUCAGCUGGAUAGUCCGCAGUCCAAGUACUUCGACAUCCAGGCCAAUCAGCUGUCGGACAUCAUGUGCCGGGGCGCAGUGGUCAGCUCCAUACAGUCGGCCAACAACACACUAACCCGAGGCGUCUCGCUGCACAGUCGGAGCGGCAGUGCCCAUGGGAGUCACCACGGAAGCCACCAUGGGAGCCACCACAGCCACAGCCACCACGGGAGUGCCCAUGGAUCGUUGGGCUGCCUCCAGGGGGGCGUAGGAGUGGGCGUUGGCGUGGGCGUCGGUACCGGAAGCACCGGUAGCAUUGGAAUGAUGUCGGCGGGCCACAUCGAUACGGGCGACUAUGAUGUGCCGCAUCCGCACCCGUACACGCACCACUAUAUACAGACAACGGCAUCGGUGACGCCCCCGCGUGGCAGCCUGAGCCGGCCGGGAUCGGCGGGAGCCGUGUGUGCCGGUCACGACUCCGGAUCGGAUUCGAGUCAGGGCUGUGGCGGCUCCAUCAUGGGAGGAAUGCUCGUCAUGGGCCAUCCCGGCCACAUGGGCAGCCUGGGACACCACAGCACGGGCAGCGGCUCCCUCGGACGGUGCUCAAGUCGCUGCCACAACACGAACACUACAACGACGGAUGACUCGGGCGGCGGCAGCAGUGGUGGCGGCGGUGGAGGCGUCGGCGGAGGCAGUGCCUCGAUUGCCGUGGGCAUGCCUGGCAUGCUGAUUGACUACCAUCAUGGCCACCACAGUCACAGUGGCAGCGCCGGCAGCGGCCUCAACGGCUGCGGAGCGGGCAGCAUCGCCGGCGGAAGCAUUGGAGGUCGCAGCAGUGUCCUGGGCACCAUUCACAACGGCCACGGCCAUCAUCAUCAGCAAUAUCAUCACGAGUGCAUUCACUACGAGCGUCUGCCCAUUCCCGUGCCCAUUCCCACAGUGCCCAUGGGCGUGGCCCUGCCACAGCAGCAGCAGCAGAUGCCGCCGCAGCAUCAGCUGCAGUCGGAGGAGGAGAUCGAGCCGGCCUAUGCGACAGUAUUUCCCAAUGUUCCUCAAGCGCCGGGAUUGUCCUGUGAUGGCGAAGAUCGCAGCAUCUAUCGACGUGGUGCUCGACGGUGGCGUAAACUGUAUCGCGUCAACGGACACAUUUUCCAGGCCAAGCGUUUCAAUCGGCGUGCUUUCUGUGCCUAUUGCCAGGAUCGUAUCUGGGGCCUGGGACGACAGGGUUUCAAGUGCAUACAAUGCAAGCUGCUGGUGCACAAAAAGUGCCACAAGCUGGUGCAGAAGCACUGCACCGACCAGCCAGAGCCGUUGGUCAAGGAGCAGGCCGAGGAGUCGAGCGACCCGAUGCCGGUGCCAUUGCCCCCGCUGCCGUACGAGGCCAUGGGCGGCAGCUCGGACGCCUGCGAGACGCACGAUCAUGCGCACAUCGUGGCCCCGCCACCGCCCGAUGAUCCCCUGGAGCCGGGCACCCAGCGCCAGUACUCGCUGAACGACUUUGAGCUGAUACGCGUCAUCGGCCGUGGAAGCUACGCCAAGGUGCUAAUGGUGGAGCUGCGGCGCACGCGUCGCAUCUACGCCAUGAAGGUGAUCAAGAAGGCCCUGGUGACCGACGACGAGGACAUCGACUGGGUGCAGACGGAGAAGCAUGUGUUCGAGACGGCGUCAAACCACCCGUUCUUGGUGGGACUUCAUUCGUGCUUCCAGACGCCGUCGCGUCUCUUCUUCGUCAUUGAGUUCGUGCGGGGCGGCGACCUGAUGUACCACAUGCAGCGCCAGCGGCGGCUGCCCGAGGAGCACGCCCGCUUCUAUGCGGCGGAGAUAAGUCUGGCCCUGAACUUCCUCCACGAAAAGGGAAUCAUCUAUCGCGAUCUGAAGCUGGACAACGUGCUGCUCGACCACGAGGGGCACAUCAAACUUACCGACUACGGCAUGUGCAAGGAAGGCAUUCGCUCGGGCGACACAACCUCCACGUUCUGCGGCACACCCAACUACAUUGCCCCAGAGAUCCUGCGAGGCGAGGACUACGGCUUCUCCGUCGACUGGUGGGCAUUGGGAGUCUUGCUCUAUGAGAUGCUGGCCGGACGCAGUCCGUUCGACUUGGCCGGUGCCUCUGAGAAUCCCGAUCAGAACACGGAGGAUUAUCUGUUCCAAGUGAUUCUGGAGAAGACCAUUCGUAUACCGCGGUCCGUGAGCGUUCGGGCUGCCUCUGUCCUGAAAGGUUUCCUCAACAAGAAUCCCGCUGAUCGUUUGGGCUGCCAUCGGGAGUCCGCCUUCAUGGAUAUCGUCAGCCAUCCGUUCUUCAAGAAUAUGGACUGGGAAUUGCUUGAGCGCAAACAGGUCACGCCACCAUUCAAGCCACGCUUAGACUCAGAUCGCGACUUGGCCAACUUCCCGCCCGAGUUCACUGGCGAGGCCGUGCAGCUGACCCCGGAUGAUGAUCAUGUCAUUGACAACAUUGAUCAGUCGGAGUUCGAGGGCUUUGAGUAUGUGAAUCCGUUGCUGAUGUCCCUGGAGGAUUGCGUCUGACACCACGAAACGUGUGACUUACAUCCGUAUAAUGUAAGGCUAUAUGGCGAGGACUCCAGUGAUUACGAUUCUGUGGCAGACGAUUUGAGUCUCUUGCAUUUGAACAGCGCAGGAGCGACUGUGGUGGUGACUGGGGGUGGCCGGUCAAUGACAAUAACAAUCUAAGCCAGCAGCAACAUUAUCGCCAGCAACAGCAACAGAAACAACAGCAAUAUCAUCCUCAUUCAGUAUACUCACAGCAACAACAGCAGCAGCAACAGCAGAUCUUGCAACUUCAACAGCAGCAGCAGCAACAGCAACAGCAGCAACAUCAUCAUCAUAAUGCACAUGUUUUGCCUUCCAUUGAACUAAUUAAAAUAACGAAUUAGAUAAAGCAACAUGCAACAACAAUGAGCAACACAGCAACAACAACUAGCAGAGCAACUAAAAAGAAAAAGCAAAACAAAAAAAAAACCAAAACAAAUUUAAAGUUAAUAGAAACUAAACGAAAAUGUCACAACUAACAAAAUUAUAUAAUCUUCUUAACAGCAGAUACCAUUUUUUGUAAAAAUCUAUAUUACAUAUAUGAGACAAAGAAGAAGCAAAGCAAAAAGUCACAAGUUGCGAGUAUUACACAAAACAAACGAUUACUUUACUACUUAAGCACUUAGGCAGCCCCGACUCCAUGCAACAAAAACACUUUCAUAACUCAAUGCAAGACUUUUUAGCCAGAAACCCUGCGGAGGAGACUCCCAGGCGUAUCCCAAGAAACCAUUUUUAAGCUACAUCAAAUAUAUACAUACAUAUAUGGUAUAAUUUUUAAACGUUUAACAGCAACAAAAGACAUUUCAAUGUUAAUUUUACUAAGAAGUGUGCGCAGAGAGGGGACAAACUUCAAAUGAAUCAAUCUAUGUACAACGUAUAAGAAUAUAAAACUCUAAUGUAAAAUGUGUGUGUGUCUAGCGUUAGAGAGCAUGGUUUUUAAAAGCGACAAACUCGUAAAUAUGUACCAGUUUUGUGAACAGAAAUAGUUAACCGAAAGCAAAAAGAACAUUUUGAGUCCGCACAGAGAAGAGUCUCCCCCGAUGCCCCGUCGGGGGGCACUAUUCUCGUACCACACGAACAAAAAAAUUCCUUGUAUUAUUUAUUUUUAUAACAAGCAAAACAAAAUCCGUCUACUGGCAAUAUUUCUUUGUUAGGUAUUAAAAAAAAAUUCUAUUAUGUUUUUUUUCAAUGCUGUACUUACAACAACAACAGUAUAUAUAUAUAUAUAUAUACUAUAUAAAUGUAUUUGUUAAUUUUUUGAGCCUAUUAAGAGGUACAAUUUUUUUCGUGGCGAUACAAUUUGCCGCAAAAAUAAUCAAAAUGCUGAUAUUUUUUGUUCAAUCUGUUGCGUCAAUCAUUGCGUACGUUUUUUAAACUUAAGCCUAAAUUAAGCCUGAUUAAUCACAUAAAUAUUGAGAACUUUAUUCAAAUUAAUACGUAUCCAAAACCAAAAUAUCAUUGUGUUGCAAGAGUAAAGAUUGGGUUUUGAAUUGCAAGAAAUUAAAUAAAUUUCAAUGUUACUUGUUAAUGUAUGGAAAACAAAA